UAGGAUCAUCAAAAUAAACACUUUAUUCGAGACCCACUGUACAGAAAAUCUAAGAAAGCCGUGACAGCCGAACUAUUCCGAACAUUAUAAAGAAGAAGAAGAAUUAUCGACAUAACCUCUAAAAUGGACAUCCUUUCAAGACCAGCCACUGAAUUUGUAAAUGAUCACAGUUUGGAGUUGCUUUGGGCCGAAAAGGCAUACGAGCACGCUGAAGUUUAUUUCAAUAUUCUAUGCAGUGUCGAUCCACGCUUACUGAAUCUCACUCCACACGAUGAUGUAAUCUACAGGACCUUCCGCAAGGAAUUCCCUGAUUUCGAUGUUUCCUAUGUGAAUGAGGAUGAGCUAAAGAGUACAGCGGAAAAGGCUAAAUGGCGUGUUUUCAUUGAAAAAUUCAACAAAUUGGAAAACUUCAGCUACGGAACUCUCUUGCGACCACGAUCAAGUGAAGAAUUCUCUGCUGACAAUGCAAUCCUUGUUGUUCGAAUACAAUUUCUAGCCAUUGAGAUUGCUCGGAAUAGGGAGGGACAUAAUGAUCGCUGGCGGAAGCGCCCAAACCCACUCAAGAAAAAUCAAUCUUGAAUAAAACUUUUUGUAUACUCAAA